ACAGAGAUCUGCACGACCUAACCACAACAAAUGAUCGGCUAAAAGAAACAACGAGUUGGCAAUCCGGCUCAGGAUUACAGUGUGGCGAACUGUGGGGUCCCCAUGGUCGAAUAAAGCUACCGUUGAGUACACAACAUCGAGACAUUUACCAAAACGGAGCACUAGAAAAAGUGAGGUUAAGUGGGUUUGAGACCGGACUAGACUCACAUUUUCGAAAUGUGCUCAAUUGAAACUCCAGGUUUUUAAAAACGUUCACUUGGUCUUUGUUACUGUGUUGCAAACGGUGCCAGAGGAUUCGACUCAAAUACUGCAACAAUCUGGAUAAAUAAAAAUGUGAGGUUAUGUUCGGUGAAAAAUCAUUAUACAAACCUUGCAGUUUUGUCUCUCCCGGCUGUUUGUCCAUUCAAUUUAACCCAAGAAUCCAUUGUGACACUUCAAAACCUGUCAUUAACACUAAUUAACGGGUCAAAGUACCAAAUUUUGUGUUUUGACAGUUCAUUGUAGAAAGAGACGCCAUUAGCCGUGUUGCAUGCGUGCGAGUGAGAUGCCAGAUAGUUGAGUGGGGCCCCAAACAAUGGACGACGACUCCGACAAGGACAUCAAGCCCAUAAUCGCCCCAAAAUGCGAAUUGGGUUUGUCACCGGACUUGAGCAGUGGUCCCAAAAAGUGGUCACCUGGUUCGCUCCAAGACGCAAACCGGAAAAGUGCCUUCCUGCCUUACCGACAGAGUUUGUGUACAGUGUUGACAAAUUUACAGCGCGGGAACACUCAAGCCGAGACUCCGGUGCCCCAAUCGGCCGAUAUUAAUUUCCAUACGAAGGCGGGGCAAGGGGAAAUCACCGAAAAUGACAUUGAUUGUGAGAAAUCAGUGGAUGUUUGUGACUGUCAUGGAUUGACAGCGUUGCAUUGGGCCGCCGCCUAUGGACAGUACAACACUGUGCAAUUAUUGCUCGCAAAUGGGGCCGAAAUCGAUAAAAGGGGGCCCGAGGAGGAGACUCCGUUGACUUUGGCCGCCUCUGGGGGGCACCAUGACGUCAUCCGGUUGCUGGUAGACAAGGGGGCUGAUGUCAAUCAUCCCGAUCAUCUGUGUAACACACCUUUAAUGUACGCGGCGAGGGGGAAUCACCCACAUAGUUGCCAAGAGUUGUUAUUACACGGGGCCGAUUUUAAAUUGCAUAAUUUGAAUGGGGACACAGCACAUGUGAUUGCAGUCGAAAAUAAUAGCACUUUGGCACAAGCUGUCAUCACGAAUUUUAUCAUUUCGCAACUGGAUCCAGGCUCGUAAAUAAGGAAUUUUUGUAUUUUUACUUAUAAUAAAAACAAACAAUUCUUUGAA